UUACGCAAAUAUGAAAUGACACUGAUUACUUGUACGCGCAUCUUCAUUCAUUUGUCGUAAUUGUAACAUUUAGCUAACAUUAAUAUGAAUUUUCUUUUAAAAUUGUUAGGCGUUUGUCUUCUCUGAAGCCUGCGUGUUAAGACUGCGAGAAGGCUCGGUUGCUUAGGAACGCGCGUCUUCAUUGUAGCUCCCGACCUUGCAGCCGUGUCCACGCUGCGCGUACUCGUUUCCAGACCUCACGAACGGGCAAGAUAAGAGCAUCCUAACGGAGGACAGUACCCGGAGAUUAAAACAAAAAUGUGGAUCAAGUGAAAGUAAAAAGUAUACAUUUCUAAGCGAAUAUAAAACAAUUUGGCAGCUUAAAAUAGUUGCCGGAAUUCUCUUGAAUGUUGAAUCUAUUGAAUUAGUAAAACAGCGCGUUUUUUAUCAGAACAUCAGGAAUGGGGGAUCUGAUAGUUCGCCAAGGCAGCAGUGGAUAAUCAAUCUGGAUUGAAGACUGGACAGCGGAUGAAGAUCACACUCAAGCAGAAGCAAUAGAUUUUUUUUUUAUUUUAUUUAAUUUGAUUUUGGGGCUACAUAUCCGGCGCUGAUGAUAGGAUCAAAGGGGACCGGAUUCCAUGACUGAGAACAGGAAGCAGUAGCUGAGGGUGGCCCUGGUUUACAUGUUGGUGUUUUACAACUGGAUCCAUUCGCAAAGACCAUGUGGUUUGCCCUGAGGAUCAGCCGCAUGCUCACGCACCUCCAACGUUGGCGUACAGCCAAGGCGAGCAUGGGGCAUGUUGCUGCUCUGUGGAUACUGAGCUUCUGUUGGCCCCUGGUGACGGCCGUGGGCCAGAACUACCACCCCACUGUUAACACACAGUUUGGGAAGCUGAGAGGAGUGAGGGUCCCUCUCCCCAGUGAGAUCCUCGGGCCGGUGGACCAGUACCUGGGAGUCCCAUAUGCUGCUUCUCCAGUUGGUGAAAAACGCUUCAUGCCCCCUGAACCCCCCUCAUCCUGGUCAGGGAUCAAGAACGCCACCCACUUUGCACCCGUCUGCCCGCAAAACAUUCACAACGCCGUGCCGGAGAUCAUGAUGCCGAUAUGGUUCACCUUUAACCUGGAUAUAGUUGCCACUUACAUACAGGACCAAAAUGAGGAUUGUUUGUAUUUAAACAUCUAUGUUCCAACUGAGGAUGUCAAAAGAAUAUCGAAGGAAUGUGCCAGAAAACCCAACAAGAAAAUUUGUAGAAAAGGAGGAGCACACGGCAAAAAACAGGGCGAGGAUUUGUCCGAUAACGACGGUGAUGAAGAUGAAGACAUCCGAGACACCGGUGCCAAACCCGUGAUGGUCUACAUACACGGCGGCUCUUACAUGGAGGGUACGGGGAACAUGAUCGACGGCAGCGUUCUGGCCAGCUACGGCAACGUCAUCGUCAUAACGCUGAACUACAGGGUCGGAGUCUUGGGGUUCCUUAGUACUGGCGACCAAGCAGCCAAAGGGAAUUAUGGACUCUUGGAUCAGAUCCAGGCCCUACGCUGGAUCAGUGAAAACAUUGGGUAUUUCGGAGGAGAUUCCAAUCGCAUCACGGUUUUCGGAUCGGGGAUCGGCGCCUCUUGCGUCAGCCUGCUCACGCUUUCCCACCACUCCGAAGGUCUGUUCCACAGGGCUAUAAUCCAGAGCGGCUCGGCGCUGUCCAGCUGGGCGGUCAACUACCAGCCGGUGAAGUAUACCCGUCUGUUGGCCGAGAAGGUCGGCUGCAACGUGCUGGAUACCCUGGACAUGGUGGAUUGCCUGAGACGGAAGAACUCCCGUGAGCUGGUGGAGCAGGACAUCCAGCCGGCCCGCUACCACGUGGCCUUCGGGCCGGUGAUCGACGGCGACGUCAUCCCCGAUGAUCCUGAGAUCCUGAUGGAGCAGGGCGAGUUCCUCAACUACGACAUCAUGCUGGGCGUCAACCAGGGUGAAGGCCUGCGCUUCGUGGAGAACGUGGUCGACUCCGAGGAUGGUGUGUCGGGCAACGACUUUGAUUUCUCUGUCUCGGACUUCGUGGACAGCCUCUACGGCUACCCAGAGGGUAAGGACACCCUGCGGGAGACCAUUAAGUUCAUGUACACGGACUGGGCAGACCGCGACAACCCCGAGACACGCCGGAAGACUCUGGUGGCUCUUUUCACCGACCACCAGUGGGUGGAGCCAGCCGUGGUGACGGCAGACCUGCACGCCCGCUAUGGCUCCCCCACCUACUUCUACGCCUUCUAUCACCAUUGCCAGAGCCUGAUGAAGCCUGCGUGGUCCGACGCAGCCCACGGAGAUGAGGUUCCUUACGUCUUUGGCAUCCCUAUGAUCGGCCCCACCGACCUCUUCCCAUGCAACUUCUCCAAGAACGACGUCAUGCUCAGCGCUGUCGUCAUGACCUACUGGACCAACUUCGCCAAAACCGGAGAUCCAAACAAGCCGGUGCCUCAGGACACCAAGUUCAUCCAUACGAAGGCCAACCGCUUCGAGGAGGUGGCCUGGUCCAAGUACAACCCUCAGGACCAGCUGUACCUGCACAUUGGCCUCAAGCCACGUGUCCGAGAUCACUACCGGGCAACCAAGGUGGCCUUCUGGAAGCACCUCGUGCCGCACCUCUACAACCUCCACGACAUGUUCCACUAUACAUCCACCACCACCAAAGUGCCGCCGCUGGAGACCACGCAGAACUCGCUGUCCACCAAGCGGCCCAACGGCAAGAGCUGGCCCUUCAACACCAAGCGGCCGCCCAUGUCGCCGGCCUACAACAGCGAGAACGGCAAGGAGCCCUGGAACGGCGACGAGGAGCCGGGCCCCCUCCUGGUGGAGAACCCGCGAGACUACUCCACCGAGCUGAGCGUCACCAUCGCCGUGGGCGCCUCCUUGCUCUUCCUCAACGUGCUGGCCUUCGCCGCGCUCUACUACCGCAAGGAUAAGCGCAGGCAGGAUUCACACCGCCAGCCCAGCCCGCAGAGGCAGGCCAACACCAAUGACAUGGCCCAUGCGCCAGAGGAGCAGAUGAUGCCGCUGCAGAUUAACCAGAGCCACCACGAGUGCGAGGCCGGGGCUCCCCACGACCCCCUGCGGCUGGCCUCCCUUCCCGACUACACCCUCACCCUCCGCCGCUCACCCGACGAUAUUCCCCUCAUGACCCCCAACACCAUCACCAUGAUACCCAACUCGCUGGUGGGCAUGCCAAACCUGCACCCGUACAACACUUUCACAGCAGGCUUUAACUCCACUGGCCUGCCACACUCACACUCCACCACCCGGGUAUAGCUUUAAGGAGAGUAGGGGGUGGUAGGGUAUUGA